AAGUUGUAUGUGUACGCAAGUUCGUUUCUCCUCCUUCUCUUCCAAACCCAGCCGGCUUAUCCUUCUCUUCCACAUCCCAUAUUUCUUCUCGCUGCUUUGAGACUCAUCGAGGAAAGCCACAGCCACUCAGAACAGAGUUUAUGGCUUCAAGGACUUUCCUUUGCUUCCACCAUGGGAAACUCAUCCUUCCCUUUACUACCACCAAGUUUAUUCCUUCUUCUAAAAGACCCUUAAAGAAUCUAAGCUUUUCUUCGAUAAGCUGCAGCCUAAACACUCCUCAGCCAACUCUUGAACCGAAAUCUAAACUGGGUAGUCCCCCAAAUGUUAUUAAAAUUCUUGAACAAAGAGGAUUGCUUGAAUCCGUAACCAAUGAAAAUCUCAGGUUGGCUUGUUCAGACCAAACUGCUGGUCCUCUUAAGGUUUACUGUGGUUUUGACCCAACUGCUGAGAGCUUACAUUUGGGAAACCUAUUGGGGCUCAUUGUACUUUCUUGGUUCCAAAGAUGUGGCCAUAAAGCAGUUGCCUUGAUUGGUGGUGCUACUGGUAGAAUUGGUGACCCUUCUGGAAAAAGCCAAGAAAGACCUGAACUUGAUUUGAAAUCAUUGGAAAAAAACAUUGUUGGGAUUAUGGAUACUAUAAAUAAGAUUCUGAGUAAAAAUGCAAAUUUGGGUUCUCAAGAAAAUUCAAACUUUGUGAUUUUAAAUAAUUAUGAUUGGUGGAAAGAGGUUAGGUUGCUUGAUUUUCUUAAACAAGUUGGUCGAUAUGCGAGGGUGGGGAGCAUGAUGAGUAAGGAAAGUGUUAAGAAGAGGUUGGAAUCAGAACAAGGAAUGAGCUAUACUGAGUUUACUUAUCAGUUGUUGCAAGGUUAUGACUUUUUAUGCCUUUUUAAGAAUGAAAGUGUUAGUGUACAAAUUGGUGGUAGUGAUCAGUGGGGUAAUAUCACUGCUGGGACUGAGUUGAUAAGGAAAAUUUUACAAGCUGAAGGAGCUUAUGGGUUGACAUUCCCUCUUUUGUUGAAGAGUGAUGGCACCAAGUUUGGGAAAUCGGAAGAUGGUGCAAUUUGGCUUUCACCAUCUAUGUUGUCUCCAUAUAAAUUUUACCAGUAUUUCUUCUCUGUUCCAGAUGCUGAUGUGGUGAGGUUUCUCAAAAUUCUUACUUUCCUGAGUAUGGAAGAGAUAAAUGAAUUGGAGAGUGGAAUGACAGGACCGGGGUAUGUGCCCAAUACAGCCCAGCAGAGGCUUGCUGAGGAAAUUACACGUUUUGUUCAUGGUGAAGAUGGUUUGAUUGAGGCUCUUAAGGCCACUGAAGCAUUGAGGCCUGGAUCAGAAACAAAAUUGGAUUGGAAAACUAUUGAAGGGAUUGCUGAGGAUGUUCCUUCUUGCACCUUGCCUUACAAUCAAGUGGUGAAUCUUUCGAUUGUUGAUCUUUCAGUUUGUUCUGGCUUGUUUGAGAGCAAAUCUGCUGCCCGUCGUCUAUUGAAGCAAGGAGGCCUCUACUUGAACAACAAUAGGGUGGAUAAUGAAAUUAAAAGAAUAGAGGCUGAAGACAUUGUGGAUGGGAAAGUUCUUCUUUUAUCCGCAGGCAAGAAGAACAAGGUUGUUGUAAGAAUAUCUUGAUUACUUGUAGCUGUACCUGAUUAUUUAUUAGAAACUGUUUUGCAACAUUCUUGUAUGUUAAACAAAGUUUUGGAUUUGAUGGUAUAUGAAUGAAAGAAAGUUCAUAUUUUCUCACAAGGAAAUUAA